UGAGCCUGUGUACUGUAUGCUGGAACUUAUUAUCGAUGACUUAAUUUCGGGCAACUUGAAGACGUCUGUGUUCUAAGAGGAAAAAAAGUCCUGUUUCCCUCUGAUUUGGAAAGAGAGAGAGUCUUGUAAUUAUAAAUUGCAUUCUAGCUCUGAGGAGCUCAGCUAAGCAAAUAUUCUCUUCAUUAAGAGUAACUGGAUUACUGCAGAAUGACUACAGAAGUAAUAUUACAUUAUCGACCAUAUGAGAGUGAAACCACACAACUGCCAAAAAUUGCAGAGAAAGCAAUUCAAGACUUUCCCACACGUCCACUAUCAAGAUUUAUUCCUUGGUUUCCACGUGAUGGGUCCAGACUUCCACUCAAACCUAAACGAUUACCACCUGUGAUUUCUGAAGAGGCAACUGAAGAUGUAAGACAGUACUUAACCAUUUCAGAACAUGAUAUUAAAUUGCAGAGUUAUGAUUGCACAGUAGAUCUACUGGAGUUUCAACCUAAUUUGAAAAAAAAGAAGCACUUAAUCCGAUCACACACACUGAAUGAACAGACUAAUUCUGGAAGUCUGGAUAAACAAUCAGAAAAAGGAAAACGACACAAGAAGAGGUCUUGGAGUGUUUCACUUCCCAGCAGUAAUUGUACUGAAAAUAUUUUUCCUUUGUCCGAAAAAUUGCAGGAUAGUUUAAAAGCACUAAAUUUGCACUCAUUUUAUAGAGCAAGAUGGACAAUAGAGCACACUAUUUGUAACAACCAAACUCUGGAAGACAUUUGGGAAAAACUCAAUCGAAUUAUCAGGUGCAAUGAACUUCCGUCUUGUAAUGCUACAAUUCAGAGACAUUUAGGCCAGAUAUGGGUGUUCUGUGAUGUUAUGUACUGUGAAUAUGUGGGAAGUCUUCUUAAAGGAAGAUUAGCUCUUACUGGGAAGAUUAACUUAUUUGUGCAUAAAUAUGGUCUUAUUUUUAGUAUGUAAUGAAUUCCACUAAUUGUCAAAAAGAAAAAUAUUCUGAAUGAACUGAGUAGGAACUGAAACAGAUGAAUAAAUUUUUAAUUGUGUGGUAAUAUAUGUACAGUUUGUAUCUCAGAAAUAAAUAUCAGGUGAAUUCCUAGGCUUGUCACUUAAGUCAGGAACUUUCUGUGUUCUACUUUGAGCAGCCUUCUUUUAAAUGAAUUGUGAUAACUUAUUAUUUUUACUGAAUUUAAAGGUAAAAUGUUCUAUUCCUUUUGUUCUGUUACUUUUCCAGUGGUUGAAUUAGA